UUCAUAACAGUUACGAGAAAAAAUGGGAAGGGAGAAACGGACAUGUCAAGGUAAACAACACUUCAGCCAUCCCCACUUCUUGAAACUAAUUGUCAAUCCAUCUGAAACACUCACUUGCAAUGCUUGUGAGCAACCAAAUAUUACUACUACUUUCUAUGGCUGCAAUACCUGCCAAUAUUUCCUCCAUGAAAACUGCCUCAAUGCUCCGCGUUUUCUCGAUCAUUCAUCUCAUCCUUCCCACCACUUGACCCUUCUCCCAACUCCAACUUACUCGAAUAGUUCCUAUACUUGCAAGGCUUGUGGCUCUGCUGGCAAUGGUUGUAGCUUUAGCUGUGCCUGUUGUGAAUUUGAUGUCCACAUGCACUGCGCCCUUUUGCCCCAAACUGUUGUCCUUCCCCAGCGCCAUCAUCAUGAACUUGAGCUCAUAUUCGAAUCCCCUUUUUAUGAUGAUGCUGAUGAUGGAAGCAACAUUUUUGUCUGUGAUCUCUGUCGCGACAUUGUAGAUCUUAAUAACUGGUUGUAUUAUUGUACUGAUUGUGAUUUUGGUACACAUCUCGGAUGUGCCAUUUCCAAAUCUUUCUGCCAACAAGAACGUCCGAAACUGUUGGGCAACAAACCAAGAGAAAAUCCAAUAGUAAUCAGGAAAACAGAGGAGGUACCCAUCAAGAACGAAAAAGAAAUCAAUUAA